ACUAACGUGGAAAAACCAAUGUGGAAAAACCAGAAAGCUCUGUAAUUGUGACACUCCGCUUCCUGAAAUUCUCAAAGAUCAACAAAAUGAAUCUACUCAUCCCUUCUUCGAUCCCCGCCUUUCAAAACCCAAUUCUCAAAACUAUGAAUUCAUAUUCACGUCCAAUAAAUUCGAUGGCGAAAACUAACGACACUACACGAAGGGCAGCCACGUCGCCUCUUGAAGCCCGCGUCUCCCUCGUCCUUGCUCUCGCAGCUCAGACUUCUUCACUCUCUCAGCGCUUGUUGAUGGAUUUGGCUACGGAGACGGCAAGAUACGUGUUCCCGAGUAGGAGGUUCGAGAGCAGGAAUUUAGAGGAAGAAUUGAUGUCUGUGCCGGAUAUUGAGACCGUGGAAUUUAAGGUUUUGAAGCGCAAUGACCAGUACGAAAUAAGGGAAGUUGAGUCUUAUUUUAUAGCUGAAACAACGAUGCCUGGGAAGUACGGGUUUGAUUUUGCUGGUGCAUCUCGAUCUUUCAACGUGUUGGCUGAGUACUUGUUUGGUAAGAACACUAAAGAGAAGUCAAUGGAGAUGACUACGCCAGUUUUUACUCGUCAGGUUAGAUCUGAAGCAGAAGGAGAGAAAAUGGAUAUGACUACCCCAGUGAUAACCAGAAGAGUGGAAGAUGUCAUUCGUCAUGCCCUCAAAGUAUGGCUCCGACUUACCAUUGCCGAAGGAUUCAUCUGUGAGUAUCAAAGAGGUGCCAAAACGGAUCGUUGCAGUUGUUGCGUUUUCAGGAUUUGUAACUGAUGAUGAAGUUGCACGUCGCGAAUCAAGGCUGUGGGAGCUACUGAAGAAAGACCAUGAAUAGAGAGUGAAAGAUGGCGCCUCUGUAGAAGUAGCACAGGUAAUUUUGUAGUUGAAGCAGGCAAAUAAAUCCAUGUUACUAAUCAUACUAGUACUCCCUCCGUCCCGCACUACUCGCACGUAUUUCCUUUUUGGGCGUCCCAAGUUACUUGCACUCUUUCCAUUUUUAGUAAAAAAUUUCACCUACAGCCGUCAUUUUUGACUUUACUAUACACUCAUUCCUUAAUCUCCGAGCCGAAAAGGAAAUGAGCGAGUAGCCCGGGACGGAGGGAGUAUAUCUUUGUGGUGUGCAGUACAACCCGCCUUUCGCACUCCCAUUCAAUCGCCGUAAUGAAAUUGCUCUUGAAGUUGAGAAGCAAGCUUAGCUUCAGUUUUCACAAAGCCUACUGCUCAUUUUUGCAUCAAUGUACGGCUACUACAAAUAAAUGGAGUAUAUUGAUAUCAUGAUUACAUACCUUUAA